AUGUCAUAUCUGUUCCUACUGCUGCUGGUUAUGUGUCUUCCUCAGUGCAGUCAAGGAAAACACUUGCUUCGCUUUUUGACUUUCUGUCAGAGGGACGUGAAGGAUGAUGGCCAGUACGAUAUUGAAUUCGAUGGCGAUCAGCUCCUCUACGUCGACCCUGUGACCUAUCGGGCGGUGCAGCGUCUGCCAGAGUUUGCAAAGCACUUGAUGAUUGAUCUUGAAAUGGCCAGAGACACAUACGUGUCCCUGGGCACCUGCAAGUACAACAUCCCACGAGCCAUAAAGGGAGAAAAUUAUCCUCCAGAAGCCCUCACCAUUCCCACCUCCAUGAUCUACCCCAAACACGAGAUGGAGCUCCAGGUCCCUAACACACUCAUCUGCCACGUGAACAACUUCCAUCCACCUACAGUUGCCAUAACCUGGACCAGGAACGGGCAGCCGGUGAACGAGAGUGAGGUCAGUCAGACUCAGUACUACUCCAACAGCGACUUCAGCUUCCAAAUCUCGUCCUACCUGGACUUCACUCCGCAGGAGAGCGACAUCUACUCCUGCAGUGUGGACCACAUCAGCCUGCAGGAGCCUCUCACAACGUUCUGGGAGGUUGCAGUCCAGACAGACCAGCAGGUUGUCGAGACGGCAGUGUGUGUUGCUGGUGUGAUCCUGGGGCUGAUUGGAGUUGUCACAGGAGUCUGGUUCAUCGUGAAAGCCAACAAGUCCUGCCAGGCGUAGCACGCAUCAAGACAAACACCUGAAUUUCGAUGUCAGAUGUGUGAUAGCCUUGAUCUUUUUUCCUUUGUGUUUUUCCUCUGGGUGUGAGGUGGACUGAGAUUUCUUUUUGUCCCCACUGUAUUAUUUUAUCUUUGUCUGGUUUUUUUGUCCAUCUCUGCAGAAACACUGAAUGUAAACCUGAGCUUGAACCACAUCAGUUAAAGGGAUAGUUUGACAUUUUGACAAAUACCCUUUUUUGUUUUGCUCUCUGUCAGAGAUUUAGGUGAAAGCAUUAAUACCACUCUCAUGUCUGUACUGUAAAUAUAGGCUUUAAUCAGGAGAUAGUUAGCUUAUCUUAGCACAAAGGCUGGAAGCAGGGACAAACAGCUAUCCUGGCUCUUAUCCAACAGACAAUCCACCUACCAGCACCUCAGCCCAAUACCCUAAAAAUAUGUUGAUGGAUACGUUACAUACCUAAUUAUGUAGCAAAUAUGUCUCUUUACAAUUCAGCAACGCUGUGGUUAAUUUGUGGUUAGGUUUAGGCACAAAAAACACCUGGCAAUGGUAAGGAAAAGAUCAUGUUUGGACCUAAAAAACAGUCUUGAUGGCACAAUCCUGGCUGGAGAUGCUGUUGAUGUGUCGGCAAAAAAACCCAAUCACUUUCCAUUUCACGAUCACUGGUGGAAAAACAGCAACGGGGUGCUAAAAACCACCCAUGUAUGGUGGCUAAAAAGCCGCUGGAAACAGCAGUGACUCGUUAAGAAACAACCAGUUUUGUCAUUUGUUAGUCUCGAACAGUGGUAUGCAGCUUGGCAGGUGUCACACCUAGGCAUCAUGCCAUCCACUAUUCCCUCCACCUCCUGAUGACAGUCAGCUUAUAAACUAUGUCACAUUAGAAUUGUUGACAUGAUGUGUAUGAAAUGUGCCAAAUAUCUGUGGUUUGCAAAAGCGUACGAUGCCAACAUGAUCUUCUGAUGAAUGGGCUGAGCACUUCUAAAGCUCACAAAUUAGAGAGAAGUAUUUCAGUGUGUAACUCCCCACAAGCAUACGACAUUCCUCUGUCUUUGGACCCUCGAAACAAAACAAAAACUGGUAGAAACCUCAGGAAGAGCAACUGAGGCGAGAUCCCUCUUCCAGGAGGGACAGAUGUGCAAUAGAUGUUGUAUGACAUAGCCUUAUAGUUCAUGGACAGAUAUGAGAGUGGUAUCAAGUCUUGAAUUUCCCAGAAUGUUAAAAUAUUGUCUUAGAGGUUCACUGUGUAGGAUUUAGGCAGAUAUAUUGGCAGGAUUGGAAUAUAGUAAGCAUGAUUUCUUUUGUUUAUAAUCACCUGAAAAUAAGAAUCGUCGUGUUUUCGUUCCCUCAGAGUGAGCCGUUCCUACAUAGGGAGGAGGUUUCUUCAGUAGCCCAGAAAGGACCAACCAAACACUGGCCCUAGAUUGGGCCAUUCACAUUUCCGCAUUUUGGCAUUUUCGUGUCGGCCACUGUUAGUUAGCAGCCCCUACGUGACAAGCAGUAUCGUAAAAACAUUUUUUAACGUGAAACUGCUUUAUUCAUUGUUUUUACUUGUUUAAAUCACUGGGUCUGUUUGUUUUUAGAGGAAGAGACCUCUACAAAUAAUUCGGCUCCUGGUAAAAAUCUCCUGAAUGUCGAGCCUGGUCUCACUCCCAAGUCAUCGAAAUCCUGUGCUUGCGGUGUCAGAAACCAACGAAAAAAGUUAUCCUUUAACGUCAGCAUGAUACGUGGCUGGUUGCCGUUAUAGUUUAAUGGCGCCCGGUGGGACACGCAGCAGGACAAGGACAAAAGUUAAGGCGACGAAAGUCCAACUGUGGGGUGGGCAGGAGUGGUGGUGGAUGGGUCCAACAAACACCGACUUUCACCCGUGUGAGAGUGGUGUUUGUGUCCCGAUUCUAAAUCCAAACCCUGUUCUUUUUUUCCUAAACCUAACCACAUGUGUUAGUUAAUAUGCUGUGUUGUACCAACGUAGUGCGUUUAUUUUGAAAGAGACUGUAUGUAAACAUUAAACUUCCUGUGAAAACAGAACUGUAUUUUGAAAAGAAGACAAUGCAUAUAACAGGCAGAACUUGACACGGCGUCCCAGAACAUCAACAACCAACACACCCAGAGUACCUUGCACGUCGUAUGUGGACAUGGAAACUCCAUGACCAAACGUCAAUAUGUGACGAGGUCGGAGUGAGAAUGUGUUGGAAUGUCUUGAGCAGAAAAAAGGUGAGCACGCAAUAAGUUAUCAGAGAAAAAAGGUGCACACAUGUUAGCAGGUGCUGGGCUAGCGGCCUGUCUGCAACAUGCGAAAUAGCGUAGGAGAAACACUGAUUUUUAACAUGAGACUGCUUUAUUCAAUGUGUUUACCGGUUUUAAUCACCUGGUCCAUUUGUUUUGAAGAGGAAGAGACCUCUGUGGAUAAUUCAGCUCUCUGUAAAAAUCUCCUAACAAUGAACACUGAAGGAAUUCUAACUGGGUGAAGUUUCAGGUGGUUGCAAUCUGCAGUCCUCACCACUAGAUGCCACUAAAUCCCCCGAAAUCCUGCACACUGGACCUUUAAAUAAAUAGAAGAAUCUGUAAUUUAGGCUCCAGUUACAAUUCUAAAUUUGAGAAAAAUAUAUGUAGAAGACUUGACAUGACACAGAUAGUCAAACCCAUCAUUUUUACAGUAGAAUAUAUUUAUUUUUCUAAUCCCAUAUAAGAAAACAAAGAGGCUUUACUAAUGUUUUGCCACACUGAAGCGCAGUAUCAUGUUGCUGCUUGUUGUGUUUGUCAUGUUCACAUAAAGAACAUGAAGGGAAGUUGAAAAUGUCUGUUCCUGUUUUGUACCACAUGUCAAAAUACACGCAAAGCACACUGAAACAAAACAGAACAGUUCCCUUAUAGUCUUGUGUUUAUUAACCCGUUGCCACAGCAGCCUGCGUGAGAGCACUGGCACCUUCAACAAAGUCACCAUCAAUUAUCACAGCACAGACUGAGCUUUUGGGCAUGUUGCUGCUCCUGCAGUGACAUGAAUGCUUAGUAAAUAAUGUUUGUCAUGUCUGCUUGCUUGUGCGUUAAUACUGGCACCGAAUGGCGAUGUGCCAAACUGCCUCUUUUCUCUGCAGGUUUUAUUUGGCUCUGGGCUGAAUCUAAUUAUUUUCACUAUGGUAGAUAAGAUAGCUGCCACAUUUUUUUAAUAUGCACAUGUGUGGAUCUCAAACACUGACAAUACUGCUGCUUUGAUUCUGCAAUAAAAGUACAUAUUCAGUGGUGAGGAAACAUUCAUACCUUGGAGAGAGAGAACAAUGCUGAAUGAGGAGUUAGUGUUAGAAGUUAAAAUGCUGAGUUUCCCAACAACAGGCAUGGUAAAAAUAAAAUGACCACGUUUCUGUUUUCCUCAUUCACAUGCAGCUUGGUUGUGGUGCUGAGAUUUACACUAUUAACGAAUUCUAAGCAUAAAGACAAAGCCAUGACUGCAGCAAAAACCUGAAAGACCUGUUCAUCUCCGCACUGCUCUUGCAAUAGCAUUUGCGUCAUUUAUUUUAUGAGGUGGCAGGAUGCAGUUGAGCUUUUGAGCUUGAGAGGUUUUAAGAGCAUGAUUGAGUCUGUAGGCGUUUGCAUGCGGUGAUGGUGUAGUUUUCAGUGUUCAAGAGACGAUGGGACUUUUUGUUCUGAUUCAGCUCACAGUCCCUGUUGUUUUACUCCACACUACACCAGCAGGUAGGUUUCAUCAUGUGGUCCUGUUUAUUUUAGUUUUAAUUCACAUGUACUUUUUUACUGUUUAUGAUAAUUUAAUGAAUGGAACAAAAGGUUGACAGAAUCACAGACAUGCUUUGCAAUGCAACACGAACAUUUUACUGUAAAACUGAGUUUCUGACGCUCAUAUUUUAUAGAUUUUUUUGUUGUUGAGACCGAGAGAACUUGUUUUAAGAGCAUAGCCUGUUAAGUGCCACGUCACACUCAUUUUGAGGUGCAACUCUGUGGCCUAUUUGUUCCUUUGUACAUUGCCCUAUGACAUACAUUCUUCCUCUCACAUACAAAACAACGGCAUUAUAAGCAAUAAAAAGCACCCAUACCCAACUCAAUGCACUCAGGACCUUUACUGCUACAGCCUUGUUGUUCGAACAGCAGCUAAGGUGAGAAAAUGUGAGAUAGGAAGUGCCGCAAUUAACAUAAUUGAUUCAGUUUGCUGGCUUCAUGAGUCGUCUCUAUGUUUCUGAUGCGCAAAAUUUUUAUCAUUCACCACUUUCCUGUCAUUGUCA